AUGAAGAAGAAGAUGAAGAAAAAUGCUAAUGAAGAAGAUGGUGAAGAAGAUGAUGAUGAAGAAGAUGAUGAAGAAGAUGAUGAAGAAGAUGGCGAAGAAGAUGUGGAUGAAAAAGAUGUUAAUGUAGAAAAUGACGAAGAAGAAGAUGAAGAAAAAUAUGAUGAAGAAGAUGUGGAUGAAGAAGAUGAUGAAGAAGAUGAUGAAGAAGAUGUGGAUGAAAAAGAUGAUGAAGAAGAUGUGGGUGAAGAAGAUGAUGAAGAAGAUGUGGAUGAAAAAGAUGAUGAAGAAGAUGUGGAUGAAGAAGAUGAUGAAGAAGAUGUGGAUGAAGAAGAUGUGAAUGAAGAAGGUGUUAAUGUAGAAAAUGCUAAAGAAGAAGAAGAAGAAAAAUUGAAUGAGAAAGCUGAUAUUUAUAAAGUGAAUGAGAAAGCUGACAUUUAUAACGUGAAUGAGAAAGCUGAUAUUUAUAAAGUGAAUGAGAAAGCUGAUAUUUAUAAAGUGAAUGAGAAAGCUGACAUUUAUAAAAUGAAUGAGAAAGCUGAUAUUUAUAAUAUGAAUGAGAAAGCUGACAUUUAUAACGUGAAUGAGGAAGCUGACAUUUAUAACGUGAAUGAGAAAGCUGACAUUUAUAACGUGAAUGAGAAAGCUGACAUUUAUAACGUGAAUGAGAAAGCUGACAUUUAUAAAGUAGAUUCGACGAUUAACAUUACAGUGCGAAAUUGGUGA